AUGCCUUCUAUAGAUGUGAUGAUGCCUCCGGGGCAGCAGCAUGAAGGUCUGCCUGAGGAGCCUCAAGCGCCCCCGCCACCCGUUAUCGGCAUCAUAUAUCCACCACCUGAAGUCAGGAAUAUUGUUGACAAAACAGCAAGCUUCGUAGCCCGAAACGGCCCCGAGUUUGAGGCUCGUAUCAGACAGAAUGAACUCGGCAAUCCUAAAUUCAACUUUCUCAACUCCGGAGAUCCCUACCAUGCGUAUUACCAGCAUAAGGUUAAAGAAAUUCGGGAGGGCAAAGGGGAUGCUAUUGGCCCAGUUCCUGUCGCCCCCAUACAACGUCCUGGCCUCGCUCCAGCCACCGCCGCCCGUCAACAGGAGCUUCUUAAAGCGGCUGCGCCCCUUGAACCACCGCCGCCUCGCGAUCCCCCACCAGACUUCGAGUUUAUAGCCGAUCCUCCAUCUAUAUCAGCCCUCGAGCUCGAUAUAGUCAAACUCACUGCACAAUUUGUUGCUCGGAAUGGACGGCAAUUCUUAACAGAUUUAAUGAAGAAGGAGGAAAGAAACCAUCAAUUUGACUUCCUGCGUCCACAGCACUCUCUGUUCCAGUACUUCACGAGGCUAUUAGAGCAAUACACUAAGGUUUUGCUGCCUCCAAAAGAAUUAGUGUCGAAAUUGGGAGCGGAGAUUCGUAGUGGAGUGUUGGAGCAAGCUCGCAGUAGAGCCGCGUGGCAUUCACAUCAAGCGCGUAGGAAGGCGGCCGAUGAAGCCAAGAUAGAAAAGGAGAGACUCGCCUAUGCUUCUAUAGACUGGCACGAUUUCGUAGUAGUGGAGACUGUGGACUAUCCCGCGGGAGAACCGGGAGAUUUCCCUCCACCGACGACCCCACUGGAGGUAGGAGCGAGGGUGCUGGCCCAGGAGAGAGGAGACGACAUCAUACAACCUAACGAAGAAGACGAUACAGAGAUGCAGCUCGAAUCAGAGUCAGAAUCAGAAUCAGAUGAAGAUCUAGCGGAAAUGGAGGACAGAACUCACCAACAACAACGACCUGAUGACAACAGGGUGCAAGAUAUGGAGGAAGAGUCCUCCUCAGAUGAUGAUGGACCUCCCGAUACACGCGCCGGAGAGGAAGCACCUAUGCCACCGCGCCCGGAUCGUGUGGUCGUUAAGAAAUACGACCCGAAGCGCGCUAGACCUCAACCUGCGCCAGCUAGCGAGGAAUGGCUGGUGUCCCCCAUCACAGGAGAAAAGAUUCCCGCGAAUAAAGUGACGGAUCACGUGCGUAUUGGUUUACUGGACCCUCGUUGGCUGGAACAAAGAGAUCGCGCAGCAGCCGAGCGGUCAGAUAGAGACGAAGCACUCGCACCGGGAGCGGCUAUUGAAGCGUCGCUUAAACAGUUGGCAGAGCGUCGUACUGAUAUUUUCGGUGUUGGUGACGAAGAAACAGCCAUCGGUAAGAAGAUAGGCGAAGAAGAAAAAAGACGCGAUGAAAGAGUUACUUGGGACGGACACACAUCCAGCGUGGAGGCUGCGACCAGGGCUGCGCGUGCGCAUAUCACACUGGAGGACCAGAUACAACAGAUACAUAAGGUCAAAGGUCUUUUACCUGAUGAGGAAAAAGAAAAAAUCGGUCCCAAACCGGUUCCGCCGGGUCGUGUAGGGGUUGCAAUCAGACCUCCCCCGCCCGCCCAGCCGAGAGUACAGCCUCCAGCCGCCCCCGCGCCCGCCCCAGUCCUACUACAACCUAUACCACCACUCAUGGUAAUACCACCAAUGGCCCCUCGACCACCGCUGAUAGCCACCCAAGUCCCAACUCCAUAUGGCUACCCAGUCCCGGGAGUUCCCGCAGUCCCGGGGGUUCCAGGAGUCCAAGAUGAUGAAGAACCCACAGCCAAGAGACCGAGGACUGAGGACGCUCUGGAACCAGAACAAUCAUGGCUUGCAUCUCACCCGGGAUCUGUACCUAUACAGGUGUCUGUGCCGAUGGCUCCAGAGCGUUCUGAGUGGCGUUUGGAUGGACGGACAGUAUCCCUGUCUCUGCCGCUGGCUGCCCCAGUAUCUGAACUCAAGGCAUCACUACAACGAGCCACUAACAUGCCCACGGCUAAACAGAAGCUCUACUAUGAGGGUCUGUUCUUCAAGGACACUAACACCCUGGCUUACUACAACGUGCCUCCCGGAGCUGUCAUACAACUACAGAUCAAGGAGCGAGGUGGAAGAAAGAAGUAG